AUGAAUACACUUGUCCUCAUGAUGAUGGCGCUCACUCAUAUUGCUCCUCGAACACUACCAGAAUUGACAACUCUCGUCCUUAGAGUAGGCGAGUUGUUCUCAGAUAACAAUCACCUAUUCACGAUUGACAAGAACUUCCCGCCCAAUAUUUCCGCACUACGAUUCAGGGGACCGGUUUCUGUUGCGAGUUGUUCCCAGGGGCAGGACUGGAUCGAAUCAUUUUCAAACCCGGAAUACUUCUCCAAACUUAGAAAGUCUAAGCUUUGUUCUUGA